UCCAAGCAGCCCUGAGUUGCGGCGGCUGCUCCUGAUCAUUCAGGAUGGGGAUGGAAAGGGCAAACAUUAACCGAGCACGCAGGACAAAAGAAUCGCCCAUUCUCAGCAAAAAAGAACGUGAAGGGUGAUCCAAAGCGCAACGGGCGCCAAUCAACUUGCCCCAUUGAUCCUGAGGCCUAACACAACCUAGAAAGGACCUGGUGGGUGAGCGACAUCACAAGUGAUGCCAAAUCAUUUUCCCACGUCCCUACCCUGCCCCCUCCUGGUCGGCCGCCGCAGAAGCGCACGCGCAGCUCCGCUUCCGGGCGCCGCUCCUCGCUACCCACAAUGCUCUGCGGCACCGACCUGUCGCAAAGGCCGCGUUUCGGCGGCGAGUGAGUGCCUCGUUUUCCGUGCGGUGCGGCGGCGACGGAGGCCCGUGUCCUCUUCCUCCUGCCGCAGGGCCAGAUUCCCUGACGGUGUCCAGCUGCGCUUAAGUCUGGCCGGUGCCACCUGUCUCCGCAAUGCCCCCCAAGAAACAGGCUCAGGCCGGGGGCAGCAAAAAGGCGGAGCAGAAAAAGAAGGAGAAGAUUAUUGAAGACAAAACUUUUGGCCUAAAGAAUAAGAAAGGAGCAAAGCAACAGAAGUUUAUUAAGGCUGUCACUCAUCAGGUUAAGUUUGGUCAACAAAAUCCACGUCAGGUAGCACAAAGUGAAGCUGAAAAGAAAUUGAAGAAAGAUGAUAAGAAGAAAGAAUUGCAAGAACUAAAUGAGCUGUUCAAACCUGUAGUUGCUGCUCAAAAAAUAAGUAAAGGUGCAGAUCCCAAAUCUGUGGUGUGUGCAUUCUUCAAGCAAGGACAGUGUACCAAAGGAGAUAAGUGUAAGUUCUCUCAUGACUUGACUCUGGAGAGAAAGUGUGAAAAGCGAAGUGUUUACAUUGAUGCAAGAGAUGAAGAACUUGAAAAAGAUACUAUGGAUAAUUGGGAUGAGAAAAAACUGGAAGAAGUAGUGAACAAGAAGCACGGUGAGGCGGAAAAGAAAAAACCAAAAACUCAAAUAGUGUGCAAGCAUUUCCUUGAAGCUAUUGAAAACAACAAAUACGGCUGGUUUUGGGUAUGCCCUGGAGGUGGUGAUAUUUGCAUGUAUCGUCAUGCACUUCCUCCUGGAUUUGUAUUGAAAAAAGAUAAAAAAAAAGAAGAGAAAGAAGAUGAAAUUUCAUUAGAAGAUCUAAUUGAAAGAGAGCGUUCUGCCCUAGGUCCAAAUGUUACCAAAAUCACUCUAGAAUCUUUUCUUGCAUGGAAGAAAAGAAAAAGACAAGAAAAGAUUGAUAAACUUGAGCAAGAUAUGGAAAGAAGGAAAGCAGACUUCAAGGCAGGGAAAGCAUUAGUGAUUAGUGGUCGUGAGGUGUUUGAAUUUCGUCCUGAACUGGUUGAUGAUGAUGAUGAGGAAGCAGAUGAUACCCGUUACACCCAGGGAACAGGUGGUGAUGAGGUUGAUGAUUCAGUGAGUGUAAAUGACAUAGAUUUAAGCCUGUAUAUCCCAAGAGAUGUAGAUGAGACAGGUAUUACUGUAGCCAGUCUUGAAAGAUUCAGCACAUAUACUUCAGAAAAGGAUGAAAACAAAUUAAGUGAAGCUUCUGGAGGUAGGGCUGAAAAUGGUGAAAGAAGUGAUUUGGAAGAGGACAACGAAGGGGAGGGACAGGAAAAUGGAGCCAUCGAUGCUGUUCCUGUUGAUGAAAAUCUUUUUACUGGGGAAGAUUUGGAUGAACUAGAAGAAGAAUUAAACACACUUGAUUUAGAAGAAUGACACCAAACAAGUCUGAAAAAAUUAAGCCAGCUCAGCAUGAGUUGAAAUUGACUACAGUAAUUUUUUUCCACCUAGAAUUCUUCAACAGGAUGUUUAUUUCCCAUGCUGAUUCUGGAGGGCUUCCUCUCCUCCAAAAAAGGAAUAUUCUCCCUACGUCUUGUCUUCUGACUUUGGCUACAUCUCAUAGUAAGUUCAGAGUAGUUCAUGAUAAAUUGAAAAUAUAAUGGUCAUUGCAGAAAAUGAUUGUUGUAACUGUCCAUUCAAGUAGGAAGUGUAACUGCUUUUCCAGCUUUUGAUUUUCAUUGGGCAUGUAUUAUAAGAACAACAUAAAUUUAAAUUUAAAAUACCCUUCAUUUAAUGCAGUUUUAAUGAGUGAUUUCAUUUCCUUUGUAUUUAUAUUUUUCAAAGACUGCCUAAAAUAUGAGCACUGUAUUUCAUAAAGGAAACUGCGUAUGCAGAUUCAGUAUUGUAUAUCUUUGGACAAUUAGAUGGACAUUUAAAAGGAAUCUUCUUUAACCUGACAGAAUCAGCUGCAAUGCCCUGUGUUAAACUGUUUUAAAUGUUUCCCUCUUCUUUUUUGCCAAUAAAGUUGUAAAUAAAGACCAUCAUACAUUAAAAUCCAAA